AUGAUUGGUUCGUUGAACGCACAAAAGGCAGACUUAAAAGCGAUUUGCGCGAAAGCCAAAAACCCAUCCUUCUGUUCGACCUACAUGAAAUCCAACCCAAAGACCUCGGGUGCUGACAUUCAGACGCUUGCAAAGAUCACCUUCGAUUCUGCACAAACAAGUGCGUCAGGAGCUUUAACGAACAUUCAGUCUCUAGCCAAGAAAGAAACUAACCCUACUCUGAAGAAACGAUACACCGCGUGCGUAGAGCAGUAUAAGAAUGCAAUCAGCAAUCUCAACGAAGCUAAGCAGAACCUAGCGUCACGCGAUGGACCAGGGUUGAACAUCAAGGUUUCAGCAGCUAUGGAAGGAUCAACAACAUGUCAAGACGGGUUUGCAAAUCUUAAAGCUGAUCCUUCGGCUGUGAAGAACAAUAGUGAUUUCCAGAAUAUUUGUGGCAUUGUUCUUGUCAUCUCGAACAUGAUGUGA